UUUUUGCACUGUGGGUUUAGGCGCGAGUUGAGGACUUUAAUUUUGUCCUGUGACGUGACUUCCGCUGACGGUUCAGUAGCAAGAUGGCGGCCGGCGCAAGCGGGGAUGAUGCGUUUCAGACCUUCUACACAGAGGUGAAGCAGAUCGAGAAGAGAGACUCCGUGUUGACCUCCAAACAGCAGAUCGAUAGAUUACUGAGACCAGGAGCCUCAUACUUCCACCUCAACCCCUUCGAGGUUCUUCAGAUCGAUCCUGAAGCCACAGACGAGGAGCUGAAGAAGCGUUUUAGACAGCUGUCUAUCCUCGUCCAUCCAGACAAGAACCAGGAUGACGUGGAUCGAGCUCAGCUGGCGUUUGAAGCGGUGGAUAAGGCCUAUAAGAUGCUGCUGGAGCCGGAGCACAAGAAGAAGGCUCUGGAUGUGAUCCACGCAGGGAAGGAGUACGUGGAGCACACGAUGAGCCAGAAGAGGAAGCAGCUGAAGAAGGACGGGAAGCCCACCGUCGUGGAGGAAGAUGACCCGGAAGUGUUCCAGCAGGCGGUUUAUAAACAGACCAUGAAGCUCUUCGCUGAGCUGGAGAUCAAGAGGAAAGAGCGAGAAGCCAAGGAGAUGCACGAGCGGAAGAGACAGAGAGAGGAAGAGAUCGAGACACAGGAGCGCGCCGAGAGAGAGAGAGAGUGGCAGAAGAACUUUGAGGAGACGCGUGACGGACGCGUGGACAGCUGGAGGAACUUCCAGUCCAAAGGCAAGACUAAGAAAGAGAAGAACCGCACGUUCCUCAAGCCGCCCAGAGUGAAGAUGGAGCAGCGCGAGACGAUGAAGAGCUUGAAUCAUCAUCCUCUAGAUCUCUGUCUGACUGCCCAUGCUCCAGAAAACCCAAGGACUCUGAUGCUGAUCUCAGCUCGAGCUCGAGGCCGUGGGGAAGCAGAUUCGCGACCUGGAACAGAAGCAGGCCCAGCUGAGAGCGGAGAGCCGCGCUGGAAUCAUCCCGGGCUGACGCUCACAAGUCCGGGGUAAGUAUACAGCGUGCUGUUAACAGUCCCACCACGUCUACUCCGUGUGUUUCUCUGAGCAGGCCCGGUGCACCCAGGACGCGAUCUUCCCAGAUGUCCUUCACUGCGACGCCGGGACACCACGGACCCUGGGUGCAUCCACAGCGGAGGACACGAGCUGGGUCCCGGGUGACGACUUCUCCCCCUCCUGCCUUCGAGAUCUCCAUCCAGAACCGCUUCGCUCCCCUCCGUGAGACAGGACGCGACGCUGUGAUCAUCGGAGACUCCAUCGUCCGACACAUACCCGCGAUCCUGAAGGACGGCGAGAGCCCCAGAGCGGUCGUGCUUCACGCCGGGGUUAACGACACCACGCUGCGGCAGACGGAGACGCUGAAGAGGGACUUCAGGAGCCUGAUCGAGACGGUUCGCAGCACGACGCCCGCGGCGACGAUCGUCGUGUCAGGACCACUGCCCACGUAUCGACGAGGACACGAAAGACUGUUUCGCGCUGAUGGAUUACACCCCAGCAGAGUCGGAGCGGAGCUGCUCUCUGACAACAUCUCCAGGACACUUCGCUUCAUGUGACUAGAUUUGCUAGUAACUAGGAUUAACUCAAGCUCCAGUCUGGAUCCAGAACACCUGAGAAGAGAUGAUGCUGACCCUCAGAGGACCUCAGAUGAUGCUAACCCUGAAUCAACAACAGAACUAACAAUUAUUGCUACAUGUGUGACUGCAUCAUAUAAUAACUAUUAAUUAAUAAUAUUGAUAGUUCAUCGUCUAGCUGACUACGUCUUGUAUUAUAAUUAUUAUUUAUUUAUUUUUUCUAAAAUCCUGUCAAACGUGAACAAACUACUAGCUACUACUAAAUAUUGUAGAAACAUUUUCUGUAAAGUUGCUUUGUAAUGUUUGUAAUGUAAUGUUGACAUUUCUUUAAAUGGUUCUUAAAUAUACAAUAUGUGCUUUGAUUUCUGAUGAUUAAGGGAAUGCGGUUUCAUUCAGUAGCAGCUCGAACAGAAAAGGAAGUAUGACCAAAUACACUUUUUCUAAAGGGAAUGACACAAUCUCCCCACGCUGCACCUCUGGUUCUGCUGUGAUCAGCUGUACGGAUGUUAACAAACUGGUGGAGUGGAGGGGAUGAUAAACCCUUAAUACUUUUGUAUAGAAGACAUAGAUUUGAGUAUUUGACCAUGUUUUCCCAACUGAGUAAUCUGUGUUUUUGUAAUAUUGGACAAUGAUGAGAAAUAAUUGGUUUCUUAUCCAGAAUUGUAAGUUUGUUUGUUAAGUGACUGCAGAGGUUUCAGAGAUGUAACACCAGCUUGUGACCAGAUGGGGAGACAGCACGUGAUAUAUGAUAAGAUCAUAGAGUGCAUUUACAUUUUUGCUGCCUGUGUGGACAUUUGAUGGUGAAUGUGUCUAAAAUUCAUGAGGUUAAAGUUGAUGCGAUUACAGACACUUUUUACAUGUGAUGUAAAUGACAAGUUUGAAUCAAUCAAAACCCCCAGAUAUUUAUAUUCUGACACGAUCUGCAGCCUUUCCCCAGAAACAAAAAUAUUUGGCUCAACACUCAAGUUUUUAUUGGACUGCCAGGCAGGAUUGUUUUUAAUCAAGCUGUAAUAUUAUCCAUGGAUUUAGUGAGCUUCUCCGCCACCUGAGAAAUAUUCUUGCCAUGAACAUAUACUACAGUGUCAUCAGCAUGCAUCUGUACAGAGACAUCAGGACAGAUGGACGGGAGGUCCUUAAUUUAAGAUUAAUUUAAAACACUGGACUCUGACAUGUUGAUUAUUUUGGUGAUGGGGGAUGAGACAGAUGUACUUCGUGCCUUGAGGAUUACCGUAUCCUUAUCAAAAAUAUCUUUGCAUUUUGAUGGUCUGAGUGAUUUAAUGGUCUGUGAUACCUCUGAUCUCUAUCUGGAGAGUUUUGUUCUUUGGGGCGAUCAUUUUUCUUAGCUGGUUCCAUAUUAUUUUAGUAUUUACAUUGGAUUUUUCAAUUAUAGUGAGAAAGAAAUCUGCCUUUGCUUUUCUUAAUGAUCUUACAACUUUAUUUCUCAACAUGGUGAAACGUCCUCUGUCAUGAGUUGAUUUAGUUUUAUUUGCUAUUUUUAAGUCUUUCGUUAUUUUUAUGAUGUCUGGAUUUAUCCAGGGUACAGUAUUUUUGCUUUGUUUGUUUUUUUUGUGAGAAUUCUUUAAUAGUUCUCUCAAGUGUUUUAGAAAUAUUUUGCUGUCUUUAUCGCAAUCAACUAAAGAUAAAAUGUCACCCCACUGAAUUUGGUUAGCUGCAGCUACAAAGUUUUGAUAAUUAUGGAGUGUAUAGCAGGAGAGCUGUACACUCUAAAUAUAUAUUUGAAGCAGUUUGGGAGUUCGUAGCGGGUUCGCGAAUCAUUUGAGUCAGUUCAGGAGUUCGUAUCGGGUUCGCGAAUCAUUUGAGUCCUUUUGGGAGUUCGGAGUGGGAUCGCGAAUCAUUUGAGUCAGUUCAAGAGUUCGUAGCGGGUUCGCGAAUCAUUUGAGUCAUUUCGGGAGUUCGGAGUGGGAUCGCGAAUCAUUUGAGUCAGUUCAGGAGUUCGUAUCGGGUUCGCGAAUCAUUUGAGUCAUUUCGGGAGUUCGGAGUGGGAUCGCGAAUCAUUUGAUUCAGUUCAGGAGUUCGUAGCGGGUUCGCGAAUCAUUUGAGUCAGUUCAGGAGUUCGUAGCGGGUUCGCGAAUCAUUUGAGUCAUUUCGGGAGUUCGGAGCGGGUUCGCGAAUCAUUUGAAACAGUUUCACUGCAUUAUUCAGUGUAUUCAAAUGCAUUUAUGAAUGCAUGUGAAUGAUCACAAAAUUCAACAUAUGUGAGUUAGAAAAUGUAUAUAUUUAUAUCAUUUUAUGUAGUUAAUCAAUAUCACACAAAGAGUGCCAUUUCAGUUUUUCUCCAAAAAUCAGCAUGAUUAAAAUGUGAUAUUAAAGUACUAGAAACAAUAAUUUAAUAAUAAAUACAAAAUGUUGCAGAAUAAUGUAAUAUAUGUAUGAAUAAUAGCCUAAAGAACCUUUGUGCCAAAAGGGUUCUUUCUUCUCAUUAUAGAACCUUUUUAGCAUAAAAGGUUAUUUGGAGUUGAGUAAAGAACCCUAUGGUUCUAUAUAGUACCCCAAUGAACCCUUUUUUUUAAAAGUGUGUUGUCAUAACGUCCACCUUGGAGAUUGAAAAUGUUUCCUUUUUGAGACCAAAGGAGCCCAAAUUCAGACCCAGACCAAUAAAACCCACAGAAGAUGUGGGAGUUCAAAGGAGGAAUCUUUAUAUUACCAAACUGCAGGGAGAGGAAGAGUAGAUAUAAGUCAUGAUCUGCAAGAUUAACCACAAUCUGAUGUGAUCCGACCACCUCAGAGAAAACCAGUGUUGAGCUGCUGCAAGAGCUUUAGAAGCACAGCAGCUGUGGUCAAAGAGUUCUCGUGUGUUCUGAUUGGUGGAUGAAGAUGAUGAGUGGAUCAAGAAUAGAGCAAUCAAAUAGUGAGAGAGUGAUCUGCUCACCUGGUUAUGUUCGUGGAUGUUUCAACAUGGAAAGCAGUUUGGAAUGGAAAUAUUGAUAUUUUAUUUGUUAACAACAUACUUUAAGUACCUUAAAAUCAGUAAAUUUUAUGAAAUUAGAGAACUAGGGCUAGCGAUUAUUUUUUCAAUGCAUCGAUUAAUCUAACGAUUAAUUUUUUUCAGACCGAUUUGAUUUGGAUUAUCUCCCCAUUAAUUGACUACUAUUAUACAUGUUAUACAAUUUAUACAUGUUGAUUUACAUAUCUGAAUGAAAAAACAUGAAUUCCUUAACAUUGCAAUAUAUGUUUAUUGCUCUUAAAAUUACAAAAUAAAAGACUGAUUAAGAAUGCA